GUGAUGUGAGUUGUAAAAUUACAUAACUUACGUUACAUAAAUUACACGUAACUUACGGUAAUAUUACAUGAUACCCGUAACUUAAUGUAAUUUAUGUAAUUUUUGGAAUUUACGUAAUUUAUGAAAUUUAACGUAACUUAUGAUAAAUUUACAUAAAUUACCGUAAUUUAUGUAAUUACUGGUAAAAUUACAUAUAUUAUGGCAACUUAUGCGCGCGCAAUUGUCGUAAGUGCGGUGCGCCGGUGCCGGCGCGCGCGAACCAGUGGGUGCUAUUACGCUCGUCGCUCGUUAGUCGUUCCUUAGUCUGAGUCAGGCAGGUUAUGUUUACAUUUCUGUUAUUGUAUGUGUAAUGUGUAUGUAUAAGUUAGUUUUCGACUGUUCUUUCUCUAUUCAUUCACGCAGCGUUGGUUACUUUACAUUUAUUUAUAAGGAAGCACAGAAACUAUAAGGUAAGAAAUAUAUUAUUUCUACAAACAGCAAAACACGUGCCGGUGAUGUCCAUAGCAACCUUAGAUUGGGAAACACAGGGGCGGGCCUAUCGCAUAUCGACUGUACGUUAAAUCUAACGCGCGUCAUUUUAUAUGUGGCUACAGUACUUAAUUCUGAAUUCGGUUUACCAAGUUUUAUUCGAUUUUUUAGAUUAGUUUACUGUACAAUAACUAUAAGAAUGAUAGGAGCAACGGGGUACUUGUGCAUGUAGCAUGUGUAAUUGAAUUACACUGACAUAACUUACUAAAUAAAAAAUUUUGAUAACGUUGAGGGCAAAAUAAUGUAGUUGUCCGAUCCAGUAUUCUGCUUAUUCGAAUUUCAUUAAAUUGUUACACAGAUUCAAUUUUAAUCUUUCUUCUAUUUAAGGAUGCCUAACAAUUUUUUAUGCCCUCGUGCCCAUCAAAUACUUUGAAAAAUAAUGUUUUUUCCCUUCUUAAUGUUUAAGUCUACCUGAAUAUUUUUUUUAGGUCAUAAAACAUGGUGAAACGUAAGACAGAUAUCUGGCUUUAUUUUGAAGUGUUACCUGCGGGUUCUUCUAAUCAAAAGACCAUAAAUGUGAGGUGUAAAUUUUGCAAGAGUGUACAUGCAAAAAAUGCUACAAGAAUGAAAUCUCAUCUUCAACAAUGCACUUAUGUGCCGCAUAUGAUAAAACUUAAAUUCAAUAUUUUAACUCCAAAGUCAAAGGGGAAUCACUCUAAAUUUCCAUUUGAAACAUCCAUGAAAAAGAUCACAUCGGCAAAAUUGGAUAACGAUAACACUGAUGCUGCUUGUACAUCAUCAACGGUUUCCACAGCAUCAACAUCUGCUUCUGAUAACAUUCAUGUGGAAACACCUGUUUGCACAAAAAUCAACAGAAUACAAUCAUUUUGUGAUCGAAUGACACACGAACAAAAUAACGAAUUGAAUAUUUUGCUUGCUAGAGCUAUUUACACCAGUUCAGCACCACAUUCAAUUACCGAGAAUGAAGAUUGGAAAUUGUUUUUUAAAAAAAUUAGACCUUCAUACACCUUACCAUCGAGAUAUAUGUUAUCAAAUCGUCUCCUGACCGAAGAGUACGAGCGAGUUGAAGUUCAAGUUAAUGAUAAAAUUAAGCAAGCUGACAAUUUAUCAUUGCAAUGCGAUGGUUGGUCCAACUUGCGAAAUGAAAGUGUAAUUAAUUUCAUUGUUACAACACCCGAACCGUUAUUUGUCAAAUCAGUACUAACAAAAGCAGAGAAGCAUACCGCAGAAUAUAUAACAAAAUUAAUGGUUGAAGUUCUGGAGGAGUAUGGACCUAAAAAAUUUUUCGCUAUUGUGACUGAUAACGCAAAGAAUAUGAGGAAGGCUGUGAGACAAUGUGAAGAGAUGUAUCCCCAUCUUGUAUCAUACGGCUGUUUAGCGCACACAUUACAUUUAUUGUGCAGCGAUAUUUUGAAAUUAUCUUCAAUAGAGACACAUUUGUCACAUAUUAUACAUAUCGUUAAAACUAUUAACCAGUGUCAAGUACUGAGAGCUCAAUUCACAGAAAUAAGAAAUGAGAUGAAGUGUGGAGUGUCUCUUAGCCUACCUGUAAAAACAAGAUGGGGUUCACAUGUAAAAUGUCUUCAAGAUCUGACUAAAUGCAAGUCCGUCCUACAACGUCUAGCAAUAUCUCCAGAUAAAACAAUUCAAGAUAGAAUACGCAGCGCAAAAGCAAAUUUACUUGAUGAAGGAUUCUGGAUAAAUUCUAGCGCUCUUGUUGAAUUGCUUAAGCCAAUUACUGAAGCAAUAACACGUCUUGAAGGAGAUUCUUCGUCAAUUCAUUUGGUUUGUGAAACUUUCGCGAAAAUCGGUAGUAACAUAUCUACUCAUUUAGAAUGCGUGAAACUAACGGAUUGCGAAAAAACAGAAGCGAUGGAUAAAUUUAUAUCAAGGAAGGAAUACGCCCUUCAACCGAUCCAUUUUGCCGCAGACUUACUAAACCCUCGGUCUGUUGGUGCAAAUUUAUCAUCAGCCGAAAGGAUUGAAGCGAUGAAAUACAUUACUACUAUGUCAACCACGACCACGAUAGAGAUUGGUGAUGAAGGAGUGUCAAAGAUUACUGAGGAUUUAGGAAACUAUUUAGCUAAAACAGACUUUUUUGGCGAAACAUUUUUAUGGAACAUACUCGAUAAUGUCUCUUUGGUUACAUGGUGGAAAGGAUUUUGUGGACAUUCAUGCCUCUCCAAAGUUGCAGUCAGGAUAUUGACAAUGCCGUGCACUUCUGCGGCAACAGAGAGAAGCUUUAGCUCCCAGAGCAGCAUUCAUACGAAGAGAAGAAAUCGCCUAACAACUCAAAGGGCAGCAAAUUUAAAUUAUAUACAAUAUAAUUCAAAAUUGCUGAAACGUUCACGACAACAUCACAUACAAAGUCAAUAUCCUAUAGAAGAGACUGUACAGAACAACGUUUCGAUAGAAGGUAGAAACUUACAGAAGGAGAUAGAAGUAAUUGAAAACCAUAUUUCCGAAGAGGAAGAAUUAGACGAGGUAAUUUUAAAUUUAGGCAUUUUUUAGAUAUGUGAUAUGUGCAUGUGAUAUAUGCAGUUUGCUUCUUUUCCGAUUUUCCAAUGCAUUCCACCGUUUUCGAAUAAAAAAUUAUAAAUCUUAUGUUUUCAGACAAUAUCAUCAUGGCAUUCAAAUACAACAGGAAAUGGAAAUUCCGACGAUGAUUUUAAUUUUGCUGACUUUGCAAUGACCGAUGAUGAAAUUGAUCAAAGAAUGGAAACUAGGGAACAGAGACCAGCACGCAUUUUGAGACAAAGCAAAGUGAACAUUUUAGAAAACGUCUUAAUGAAAUCGGUAAAUUAGUGUAAACACAUACAUAUUUAUUGUUUAUAUUCCAAAAUUAUCAAUUUCAGGGUAAAGGCACAGAACAACCCCAAAAAAAAACGGAAGUCGAGAAGGAUACUUCAGAUGCCGAAAACAAGGAUGCAGUUCUGGAUUUGCCGGAGAUAAAAAAAAUUACACAAGGCUCAUUGGAAGAGCAAACAAUUGAAACUUCGACGUUUUAUAACAAGAAGGUCUCCAGUUGUCUGCGAAAAAGGAAGUUGUGAUUUAUAAAAGCCGCUUAAAACAAAACUAAAGAACCUAUGUUUUCAUUUCUUUAUUAUUUGUAUGUAUUUCUUAUCCACUUUUCUUUAUUUCAUAAGUAUGUAGUUACUUUGUGUUUAUUAUAUUCAAUAUGAAUGCAAACAAUUGAUUUUUUAAUACAAUGAACAUAAAUUACAUAAGUUACAUAAAUUACAUCUGGUUUGUAAUUUUUGGGUAAUUUUACACGUGUAACUUACAAUUUCUGAAAUUACACGUAAUUUC